GUAGUGACGCCAGAAGACGCGCCUGACCGGAGUUUGUGCCGAUUCCGCGAGUGAGAGUCCUGCCCAUCGGAGGUCAUGGUGCGCUGUGGUUGCGCGUUGUUGAGAAAGUAUGGAAAUUUCAUUGAUAACCUAAGAAUCUUCACCAAGGGAGGAAGCGGAGGAAUGGGUUACCCUCGUUUAGGUGGAGAAGGUGGAAGAGGUGGUGACGUCUGGGUUGUGGCCAAAAAAAAUAUGACCUUAAAACAACUUAAAAACAAAUAUCCUCAGAAAAGGUUUGUGGCUGGAGGAGGAGCAAACAGUCGAGUUAGCGCACUGAAGGGCUCCAAGGGAAAGGACUGUGAAGUGCCUGCUCCCGUGGGUAUCUCAGUAACUGAUGAAAACGGCCAAGUGCUAGGAGAACUCAAUAAAGAAGAAGACAGAAUUCUGGUUGCUAAAGGUGGCCUUGGUGGUAAAUUACAUACAAAUUUCUUACCUUUGAAAGGCCAGAAGCGAGUAAUUCGCCUUGACCUAAAAGUUAUAGCUGAUGUAGGCUUAGUAGGAUUCCCAAAUGCUGGAAAGUCCUCCUUACUAAGUCGGGUUUCCCAUGCAACGCCUGUGGUUGCAGAUUAUGCAUUUACAACACUAAGUCCUGAACUUGGAAAGAUUAUGUACAAUGAUUUCAAACAGAUUUCAGUAGCUGAUCUCCCUGGUUUGAUAGAAGGAGCACAUAUGAACAAAGGCAUGGGCCAUAAGUUCCUCAAGCAUUUAGAGAGAACCAGGCAACUGCUUUUUGUUGUUGAUAUUUCUGGAUUUCAGCUUUCUUCUGUAACUCCAUAUAGAACUGCCUUUGAAUCUAUAAUACUUCUUACAAAAGAGUUGGAGUUGUACAAAGAAGAACUGCAGACAAAACCUGUACUCUUAGCGGUUAAUAAGAUGGACUUGCCGGAUGCCCAAGUUAAACUUCAUGAACUGAUGAAGCAGCUCCAGCACCCUGAAGACUUUCUGCAUUUAUUUGAAACAAAGAUGAUUCCAGAGAAGGCUGUAGAAUUCCAGAAUAUCAUUCCCAUCUCAACAGUCACUGGUGAAGGGAUUGAAGAGUUGAAGAACUGUAUAAGAAAAGCACUGGAUGAGGAGGAUGACAAAGAAAAUGCUGCGCAUCAUAGCAAACAGCUGCUUAAUUUGCAGAAUUCUAGUUUAGUGUUUUAGACUGAGCCCUGUCAAAGUGUGCUGCUACUGUUUCCAGAAAAGGCAGCAUUGAAACCUUGUACAGCGUACUGACAGGAUACUAUUUGGUUCUAAGGAAUCCGUAAAUCAUGUUUAAAGCAUGGGUGAACUUGCAGUGCAUUAUGUUCAAAGAAACCAGGCAGGCACAGCAAGACAAAUAUCAGUGAUCUCAACAUGUGGAAUCAUAAAAAAGACAAAUUUGAACUGAUAGAAAAACUGAAAAAAUGAUAAUUAUUUGUAGUGUAAAUAGGAGCUAGAAGAUUAAGAGAUGUUGGUCAAAAGAUACAAAGUUUGAGUUAAGCUUUACAGAUCUGUUAUGUACCUUGUUUGUAGAAUAAUGUAUCAUAUUUUGAAAAUUUGUAAGAAAGUAAGUUUUAAGUGUUCGGACCACAGUUCUUUGAGAAAAAAAUAUAUUUUGAAGUGGAUUGACUCGGUGUUUCAAAACACAUGCUGUGUAUGAUAUAGAUACAUGUAUAAUUUUAUAUCAGUUAGAAAUGGUAUUGAAAUUACAUUAAUUUGAAAGCUUUUCCUAAUUUUAAAGAUAGUAUUUAUCCAUAGAUUUCUCAAUCUAUGUGUCAUCAUUCAAGAAAAUAAAUUUAAUCUUCCUUUUCUUCUUCUGGUUUUAGCUCAGCAAGAUGAUUUCUUUUUUGCAUAAAGUAUAGAGAAGACCCAGGCUAGCAAGCACCAUGAGACGAGCAGGGCUCUUGUGUUUUAUUCCUGAUGUGGGUGGUCACUGAGUCCUAUCCCAUUGAUGGGAGCUUGACCUCAAGGUCUCACUAAUGGCUACUUGGGUCAAAGGGCUACUUUGAUUUUCAAGUUUCUUACAACUACCCCCUCUUUAUUACAUUAUUUUUCAAAUUUAGGCAGUUUAUGUUUUCCAUUUGAAGUCUCUAAGAAGAGAAAAUUAUAUAGUCAGUGGGGAAGCCUACCUUCCAAGAAGAUGGGUUUUAUUGAUUCCUGCUUAAAGCAUUUAAAAAAUACAAAUAGAGAAUUUUUUUCCUUUGGGUGAAACUAUAUGAAAUGUAUAUGUACAUACUCACUUCUAAAAAAUACAUUCAAGCAGUAUACAGGAGUAUGAGGCAAAAGACAUCUCUGUUUGCUAAGACCUUCAGUGUUAACCAGAGAAAGUUGCAGCCAAGAGCAGCCAGUGUUCUUAACUGCCGAGCCGUCUUCUCCAGCCCCUUUCUUUAAUACUUUCUUAUUUGUUAAAAAUUAUUUAAUAACUUAUUAUUUAGUAACAGUUGUGGCCAUUGACCCCUUUUUAAAAAUCCUUUUUUAAUUGUGUGUUGAUUGGACUUAAAUUUCUUCUGACUUAAUAAUGUGUAUAGUUUGGUAAAAUAUUAUUUAUAAUUUCAAUCUAGUUUUUGUUCCCAAUGCCCUCCUCUCAUUCUAGUGCAUGGACUAGUUUUCCUUGUAUCUCUUUUUUCUUCAUUACAGGCGAACUUAUUGAACACUGCAGGCUGCUGCACAUGCAGUGCUACAAAGAACAGGUAGAACACGUAUCCCGCUCGUACUGCACAGCAGAAGCUGCAGGGAGCUGGCAUGGCCUACUUCAUAACAAAGAAGUGAGGCUGAGGAAAACCAUGAUGAGCUUAUACUGGUCAGCCUACAUGAUUGAAGCUGGCCUUGUUUGACACUUUAUCCCAUCAGUGCCCUUUUCAAAUCUUUUCUACCCAUCAACGAGUAGCAGUGAGGACAGCUCCACAAGGUGAAUUCUUUGAUCUGAUUUUGUCUUAGUGCUGGUCUUAGUUAAGUCGCCUUAGGUGGGUAUCUUAGGGUUCCAUUGCUGUGAAGAGACCAUAACCAAGGCAGCUCUUAUAAAGGACAACAUUUACUUGGAGCUGUCUUAAAAACUCAAGAGGAUCAGUCCAUUAUUGUCUUGGUGGGAAGGAAAGCAGUAAGCAGACACACAUGGUGCUGAGAGAGUGGAGAGUUCUACAUCUUAGUUGGAAGGCAGCCAGAUGGCGAAUCUUCUGUGGGCAGCCAGGAAGAGGGGGGGUCUCUUUUGCACUGGGUGGAGCUUGAGCACUGGAGAUUCAAAGCCCACCACCAUGGUGACACACUUCUUCCAACAAGGCCACACCUCCUAAUAGUGCCGUUCCCUGGGCCAAGUAUAUCCAAACCACUACAGUCCACUCUCUGGCCCCCAUAGGCUUGUUCACAUACAUGAGUCAAAACUGAGGACUAUACCUGACCAUAGCAUAAUGCAAAUUACAUUUAGUCCAACUUCCAAAGUCCGGUAGUUUACAAGCGUAGUAAUCUUAGCAAUGUUUGAAAGUGCAAAGUCUCUUCUGAGAUUCAUGCAAUUUCUUAACUAAUCCCCUAUAAAAUCAAAAAGCAGAUCACAUACUUCCAACAUCACACCAUAUAUACAUUACCUUUCCAAAUGUCAUGUGAGGAAAUACUGGACCUAAGCAAGAUCAAAAACCAGCUGGCCAAAUUCCCAACUCCUUUCAGCUCUGAUGACCGCAACACAAUUCUUUCUCCUGGGCUGGUUCUACUCCCUGCUAGCAGCUUUCCUCUGCAGGUAUCUAUAGCUCUUACAUCUCCAAGGCAACUCAACUUUAUAGCUUCUUGUUCCAGUGUCUGGGAUCUGCAUAUCUGGGCUCCUCCAGAUGACUGGUCACUUCUCCAGCUCUGCCUUCUGUAGCACUCUAGUCUCUGAUUAAGUUUACCUGUUCUUAGUGGCAUCUCCAAUACCCUGGAGUUUUCUGCUGCAACUAGGCUUCACCAGUGGCCUCUCAUAGACUCUCUUCACGGUACCAAGUCUUAGCUUCUUUGUAUGACGUUUUCAGUCCUGGGCUGUCAACUGAAACUGAGGCUGUACCUUCACCAGUGGUCUUUCCUGGCCUCUCAGAGUGCUAGGUCUCAGCUGCUCUCCCUGCCCCUUUAUUUCUUCAAAACCAGUACCACCUGCGUGACUCUUAGACAUUACCAAGUCUGUGUACAAGCACAAGGCACAACCUUGGCCACCUCUGAGACACAGCGUCUUUGUGCUCUCAGAAAACACUUCCCAGAAGAUUUCACCACAAUGAUACCUGUCUCUUCUUAAUCAUCACUAAUUUUUUAGCUGCAGCAUCAACUGUGCAGCUUUUCUAUUUAUUCAGUAACCUUUUUUAUUCUUGACUCUAAAGCCAGAGCCACACGGCCAAAGCUGCCAAGUUCUGCUGCUUGUUGGGGCUGGAACAUGUUCCCCUUGUUCUAUUAUAUCUGUCACUGCCUGAGUUUGGCUGUCCUAGUACCUGCUCUGUAAACUGGCCUUGAACUCAGAUAUCUGUAUGCCUCUGUCUCCUAAAUGCUGGGAUUAAAGGUGUGUACCA